GGUGUUCACCACUAUACCGCUCAAGAACGGUUCAUCCUUCGCUUGUGCUAAUCAACCUCAGUGUCGGAAUGAUACAUGCCCAGGUGCUCAUUACGAGACGGAGGUCGGAACAAGAUUGAGCCGGUUCCGACUUUCACCAAUGACUAGCGUUUCUCGACCAGCCUCGAAAUCACCACUACCCCAGCCGUCCUCCGGUGUCAAUCGAGCAUUGGACCAUGUCGCUAGUACUUCAGUAUAGUGUUCGCGCUUGUCGAAUCAGCACGAUUGUUGCGACCGCGUGUGCAGGCUCUGUGAGCACGAAGAGGGGUUUCGCAUCUAUUGUGAAGAACGAGAAUCUGCUGAAAAGGUCAAGUACAUUAAUUUCACCUCGCAUCCUCACUCCCGUUUCAAUUUCCGAUCGAUUGUCACUCAACUACACCAGACCUUUAGCAACAAUGGCUGCGAAAGAGACUGUUCUCGUCACCGGAGGCUCCGGCUUCAUUGGCUCUCACUGCAUUCUCAAAGCUUUGGAGCAGGGCUACAAUGUGCGCACCACACUGCGCUCGCUGAAGCGCACCGAUGAGGUCAAACAGAUGCUGCGCCAAGGAGGCGCCACCGAAGAGCAGGCCAACAGCGUCACCUUCGUCGCCGUGGACCUCCUCAAGGACGAUGGCUGGACAGAGGCCGCCACAGGCUGUGCCUAUGUCUUGCACGUUGCCAGUCCCUUUCCUCCCGGUGCUCCCAAGCACGAGGAUGACCUGAUCAUCCCAGCAAGAGAAGGCACAUUGCGGGCUUUGAGAGCAGCAAAAGCUGCAGGUACCGUCAAGCGUGUGGUCGUCACAAGCUCCUUCGCAUCAAUUGGAUACGGCCAAGUCCCUACCGACAAGCCAUACGACGAGGAGAAUUGGACAAACCUCGAGAACCCGGCUAAGCCUGUGUCACCCUACGCGAAGAGCAAGACGAUCGCAGAGCGCGCUGCGUGGGAAUAUAUCAAGACCGAGGGUGGAGAUUUGGAGCUUGCCGUGGUCAACCCGGUUGGCGUGUUCGGCCCUGUGCUGUCCAAAGACUUCGCGACCAGUGUCGAGCUCGUCUCACGCCUGGUCAAGGGUCAAAUCCCUGGCUGUCCCAAGCUCGUGCUCGGUGUCGUCGAUGUUCGCGACAUUGCAGCUCUGCACUUGUUGGCCAUGACCCACCCAGACGCCGCAGGACAGCGCUUCCUCGGAACCGCCGACGGCGACUUUCUGAGCGUGCUGCAGAUCGCAAACCUGCUCAAGGACAGCGAUCUGCCACCUCACAUCAUCAAGAAGCUUCCCUCGCGCGAGCUUCCCAACAUUCUCCUGCAGGUUGCUGGAUUCUUCGACAAAACUAUCGGCAUGGUGUCGUCGGAGCUGGGUAAGCCUAAGAAUGGAACCAAUACGAAGGCGAAGCGUGUGUUAGGAUGGGCCCCUCGCAGUGCACAGGAGGCCGUGGUCUCAAGUGCGAAGAGCCUCCUGGAGGUUGGUGUUGCGAAGUGAAAGUGCCUCCCCGCAUGAUCCAUUUCUCGUACAGUUAUAUACCCCCAUUCAAAUUUUGAUUGCAAGAGCAUACUGUCAAAGCGCUGUUCAAUCCUCCAGCCCCCGCCCGUCAAGAGCGGUACCGUCGUAUUCUCUGUGUCCAUUGUCUUCAACCACGUGCGUCCCAUCUCUUGCUCGUCGUUGUUAUACAUGACAAGGCCGACCACUGAUCGAAAUCACUAAGGCCUGUCGUGAUGCGAAGGGCAAAGAGCCUAAUUUCUUUCUGGCGCGAUCCUGAUGAAGGUUCCAAAGUCGCUUGCAGAUGAAUUUGUCUAGGCUGACGCGAUCGUGACGAAGAGCACGAGGAACCAGCACAAUCUUGCUGUAUGGGCAGGAAAGUGAACAACAAACCAAAUCAGAGGCGGCUAGAGAUCAAUAUCAC